UACUCACCUGGCUAAGCGCAAUCCUCCCAUGCUGGUGAAUGAUCUGUUUGAAGAUAUCAAAGACGGGGUUAUGCUAAUUGCCCUUUUGGAGGUUCUUUCAGGGCAGAAGCUGCCUUGUGAGCAGGGACGUCAGCUGAAGAGAAUUCACUGGGUUGCCAACAUUGGCACAGCUCUUAAGUUUCUAGAAGGAAGACGGAUCAAGCUUGUCAACAUAAACUCAACUGAUAUUGCUGAUGGCAGGCCUUCUAUUGUGCUUGGCUUGAUGUGGACAAUAAUUUUAUAUUUUCAGAUUGAAGAGCUUACCAGCAACCUCCCACAGCUGCAGUCAUUGUCUAGCAGCGCUUCUUCUGUGGAGAGCGUUGUCAGUUCAGAAACUGCGAGUCCCCCAAGCAAACGGAAGGUGGUAACCAAGGUCCAAGGAAGUGCCAGGAAGGCUUUGUUAAAAUGGAUACAGUACACAGCAGCAAAGCAAGUUGGAAUUGAAAUCAAAGAUUUUGGACAAAGUUGGAGGAGUGGUGUUGCAUUUCAUUCCGUUAUUCAUGCUAUCCGCCCAGAUUUAGUGGAUAUGGAGAAAGUGAGGGAAAGGUCAAACAGAGAAAACCUGGAAGAAGCCUUCACACUCGCAGAAGCAGAACUAGGAAUUCCAAGGCUCCUUGAUCCAGAAGACGUGGAUGUCGACAAGCCAGAUGAAAAGUCUGUCAUGACCUAUGUAGCCCAGUUUUUGAAGUACUAUCCUGAUCCUCAUCAUACAGUGACUGAUGUGCAGGACAAUGAUGAACUUCAAGCAAUCCCAACUUUUGUCAUUUCUUUUAUGAAAUUUAAGAAGGAAGACAGACUGAUGCUGAGAGACCUAAAAGUGUGGGCAGAACAAUUUGAAAGAGACUUAGCCCGAGCACAGGUGGCAGAAACAAGCUUACAGGAGAAAUACCAGUCAUUUAAACAUUUCAGAGUACAAUAUGAGGCGAAAAGGAAACAGAUUGAACUUGUAACCCAGUCAUUAAGGAAAGAUGGUAAAUUAUCACUUGAUCAAGCUAUGGUGAAGCAAGCAUGGGACAGAGUUUCUUCCAGGCUACUUGAUUGGCACAUACACCUUGAUAAAUCUCUUCCUGCACCUUUGGGUACCAUAGGUGCUUGGCUUUAUAGAGCAGAGGCUGCUCUGAGGGAAGAACUAACCGCUCAGCAAGCUCAUGAGGAAACAGCGAAUAUAAUACACCGGAAGCUUGAACAACAUAAGGAUCUGCUGAAAAACAUAGACGGUCACAAAAAGGCAUUCCAUGAGAUCCACGGGGCCAGGUCUGUUAACGGAGUGCCUGUUCCACCUGACCAAUUAGAGGACAUGGCAGAGAGGUUUAAUUUUGUUGUCUCUUCAUCUGAGCUCCAUCUGUUGAAGAUGGAGUUUCUGGAACUGAAGUACCGUCUACUGUCACUCUUAGUCCUUGCAGAAUCAAAGUUAAAAUCAUGGAUUAUCAAAUACGGAAGGCGAGAGUCAGUGGAACUACUUCUUCAAAAUUAUAUUUCCGUUAUUGAAAAUAGUAAGUUCUUUGAGCAGUAUGAAGUUACUUACCAGAUCUUGAAAAGAGCAGCUGAAAUGUAUGCCAAAGCAAAUGGCUCAGUGGAAGAAGUGGAGAAUGUGAUGAAAUUCAUGAAUGAAACAACAGCACAGUGGAGGAACCUCUCGGUAGAGGUGAGAAGUGUAAGAAGCAUGUUGGAAGAGGUAAUUGCUAAUUGGGACAGAUAUAGCAGCACUGUGGCAGGUCUACAAGCUUGGCUGGAAGAUGCUGAAAAAAUGUUGAAUCAGCCUGAACAUUCUAAAAAGGAUUUCUUCCGGCACUUACCUCAUUGGAUCCAACAGCACACAGCGAUGAAUGAUGCCGGUAAUUUUCUAAUUGAAACAUGUGAUGAGACCAUUUCCAGAGACCUUAAACAGCAGCUUCUGUUACUAAAUGGAAGAUGGAGAGAAUUAUUUAUGCAAGUUAAACAGUAUGCGCGAGCAGAUGAACUGGACAAAAUGAGGAAGGAAUACUUGGAUGGUGUUGCCCAUUUGACAGCUUUUAUUGAUGGAAGCAAUAGGAAAUUUUCAGUCCCUGUAGACAUGUCCUUCCUUGAUGUCAAAAUGUUUGUACAAGACUUAGAAACUAUUAAACAGAAAUUGCCUGCGAUGGAAGCUCAGUACAAAACAGUUACAAGAACAGCGCAACUUAUUACAAAAGAAGUUUCUCAAGAGGAAGUGAAUGAAAUGCUUGAAACUUUGACAAGGAUCAAAGAGCAGCUGAGCAAGGUUAAGGAGUAUUCCUGUGCUUUGCUGUAUGAAUGCCAGCAUCUGCUGUCUCCACUGGAAGAACUGGAGAAACAAAUCACACAUUUUUAUGAAUCUCUUGAAAAAGUCAAUGAAAUAAUUUCUAUCCUGGAUCCUGAAGCACAACCUACAACUGUUCUUAAACAAAAAGCCCAGGAUUUGGUAGCUUAUCAAGAAAACUGCAAGAAAGAUUUGUCCCUGAUUGAGAGAAAUAGUCAGAGUAUCCUGCAGUGUGUGGCUUCAAGUGAAGUGUUACAGCAUUUCCAUCAGUCAACAUUUCAGAAGAAAGUUACACAAGUUCAGAUUACUUUUCAGAAUAUGGUCAGGAAAGCUGGUGACUGGAGAAAAAACAUAGAAGCAAAUAGCCGUUUGAUGAAGAAAUUUGAGGAGUCUAGAGCAGAACUGGAGAAAGUAAUACAGAUUGCCAAUUGUUGCUUAAAAGAAAAAGGAAAUCCUGAAGAGCUUCUGAGGAAACAUAGCGAAUUCUUUAACCAGUUGGAUCAGAGAGUCCUAAAUGCCUUUCUGAAAGCAUGUGAUGAACUUACUGACAUCCUCCCAGAACAAGAGCAACACAACCUGCAGGAAGCUGUGAGAAAACUCCAUAGGCAGUGGAAGGAUCUUCAGACAGAAGCCCCAUACCAUUUGAUCCACUUGAAGAUUGAAGUACAGAAAAGCAAGUUCCUGGUCACAGUGGAGGAGUGCAAAGCUGAAUUAGCUCGACAGAACAAGGUGUUAUCAAGAGAAGACAAUGAAAGGAUGAUCGAGGAACACAUGUUGUUCUUUGGUGACAAAGGACCUUACCAUUUGUGUGAGAAAAGGCUACAACGAAUUGAAGAACUGUGCCAAAAACUGCCAGUUUCUGAUCCAGUGAGGGCUACAUUGGAAAGCAGCCAACGAAUCCUGAAGGAGCUCAAAUUCCAGAUAGACAGCACAUACAUAAAACUAACAGAGCACUCUGACACCUGGAAGGGCUAUAAGAACAGAUUUUCUGAAUUGGCAAAUUGGAUUUCGUCAACAGAAGGAGAGCUAAAGAAGAUAAAGGAAAGUGUCAAUGAUGCUGCCAAAUACAAGCAAUUUAAAGCAUCCGUAGGGGAAAUUAGGAAGCAUAUUAACAAGCAAGGUGAAAAUCACAGCUGGUUGAAAUCUAGACUUGCUGUUUUGACUGCAGUAUGUCCUGAUCUGGAGGCCAAAAAGACAGAGGAUGAGCUUUGUAAACUUUCCAGUGACUUCAAGGGACUCCUAGAUUUGCUGGCUGAGAUUGAAAAGACAUUAGGCACUGUUGGAGACUGUGUCCAGUACAAAGAAGAAGUUAAAAAUGCAAUUGAAGACUUAAUCAACAACUCUAAAGAAGCCCAAGCAGAGGCUGAAAGGAUCCUGGAUACAGAGAGUUUAUUACAAGCUCAGCAACUACUACUUCAUCAUCAGCAAAGGAUAAGAAGACUCCGUGCAAAAAGGCAAGAUGUGCAACAGCAGAUUUCCCAUGCUAAACAGUUGCAGAUUGAAGGUGGACUGCCCAGCACAAUGCAAGAAGAUUUACAAAAGUUAGAAGGAACAUUGGAGAACAUGCAGCAGACUAUGGAGAAACGUGAAGAGCAACUGCAGGUCACAAUAAAUAAAUGGGAGCAAUUUGAAAGGGACAAAGAAACAGUAGUAAAAUAUCUCAAUCAAGCAAGCUCUGCACUUGAACGUAUCUUAAACUUCAGCAGUUUAGAGAGCCUCUCCUCAGAACUGGAUCAGACAAAGGAACUUUCUAAACAGACUGAAGAAAUGGCAGUGCAGGCUGAGAAUUUGGUGAAGAAUUCUUCCGAAAUACAGCUUGGUUCAAAGAACAAGCAAUCCCUUCAACAGCAGGCAAAAUCAAUCCAAGAACAAGUGAAAAAAGUGGAAGUUACUCUUGAAGAAGAUAUUAAAAGCAUGGAAAUGGUGAAAAACAAGUGGGAUGAUUUUGGCAAUAAUUUUGAAGCUCAGUCCAUCUGGAUAGCUGAACAAGAAAAAGAACUGAAAACUUUGGAAACAUCUUCAUCUCCUUUGGACAUACAGAUCAGCCAAAUCAAGGUUAUUAAUAAAGAAAUAGAUGGUAAAAUAACUGGAAUCUCAAAACUAGAAGAGGACGCUGAGUCUUUUUCCCAGUUUGUUACCUCUGGAGAAUGUGCACAUAUUAAAGCCAAACUGACUCAGGUCAAAAGGUAUUGGGAAGAGCUAAGAGAUCAUGCACAGAGACUGGAAAGAACAAUCACAGGGAAUGCAUCAGCACAACAGAAAUAUGAAGAAAGUCUUGAACAGGUGCAGCAGGCAGUGUCUGAAUUUGAAGCUAAGCUAGCUGAGCCUCUCACAUCAUGCUCUUCAUCAGUAGCAACAUACGCAGCUCUUCAGGAUUGCACGGACCUUUGUCAUACUGUGGAAAAACUGAGCAACACUUUGGCCUCUCUCUCAGCCUGUGCCCGAAAGGUGGCCAACAAAGAAAAAGCUGCUCAGGAGGUUACAGCAUUACAGCAGAAAUAUGAAAAGGUGCUAGAAAAUGCUAGAGAGAAACAGACCUUUUUAGACACUCUUCUGGCUCAGUGGCAGAAGCAGGAGAAGGAGCUGUCUGCCUUCCUGACCUGGUUGGAGGGGUGUGAAGAUACAGCCAGGCCUUCAGAGCAGUAUGUUUCUGCUGACAGAGUUAAACUGGAAGGUGAACUGCAGUCACUGCAGGAUUUGCGAGCAGAUGUUGAGUCCCAUGCUUCAGUCUAUGCGAGACUAUUACAGUUAAAUGAGUCACUAUUCCCAACAGCUUCCAAACAGUGUGUGAAAACAAUAAAAGAAAAAUUUGAAGAGCUGGAUGAGAGGUGGAAAGCUUUACCACAAACUGUUGAUAAAAGGAUCAACUUCCUUCAAUCAGUUGUUACUGAGCAUGGGCAGUUUGAUGAACUCCUACUCAGGUUUUCAGACUGGAUUAAGCAGUUUCUUGCUGAACUACAAGCCACUUCAGAGAUAAACACAGCUGACCAACAGCUAGCUGCAUCUCACAAUAAGAACCACACAAUGGAAGUUGAAAGUAAGAAACAGCAGUUACAAAGUCUGAAGGAACACGUAGAUAAAUUGUGUUCUUUCAGCUGCCCAGAGGACCAGCAAACAUUGCAGGGAAAGACUGAAGAUUGCUUUCAGAUCUUACAAGAGGCAAGACAAAUAACUUGCCAAAGACAAGAGGCUCUGGAUCAGCUGAGGGUAUUCCUGGAGCUCCAUAGUGCUGUGUCAGGAGUGCUUCACCAGCUGAGGAAGACAGUGGAGAAAACAGGAAAUAUGGAUAAAGCUAAAUCUGAAUUACUGGAGAAGGAACUCAAUGAUGUUAUUCAAGAUCUUAACAAGCUGGAAUCUGUGGCCAUCAGUUUGGAUGGUUCCCUUACUAAGGCCCAGUAUCAUCUAAAACACGGCACUUCUGAACAGAGGACUUCCUGCAGGGCUGUGGUGGAUAAUCUGUGCUUGGAACUGGAGGCAGUUCAGAACCUGCUGGGAACCAAACAGAGUGAGGCAGAGGCUCUUGCAGCCUUGCGAAGAUCUUUUGUGGAACAUAAGGAACAGCUACUGAAGAGUAUUGAAGAUACUGAGGAAAAGGCUGACAAGGAGGGCCUGAAAGAGGCAACACUACAAGCCCUCCAGCAAAGAUUGAGGACCUUUAACCAGUUAGAUGAAGAAUUGAAUUCUCACCAGCAUGAACUCCAGUGGCUCAUGGACAAAGCAAAACAAAUAGCCCAAAAAGAUAUUACACUUGCUCCUGAGAUCGACAAAGAAAUAAAUAGCUUAGAAUCUCUGUGGGAGGAUACCAAGAAAGUUAUACAUGAAAAAAAGGAGCAGUCCUGCAUUCUUAUUGAUCUUAUGAAGGAAUAUCAGAGCUUGAAGUCAACAGUAAUGAAAGUCAUAGACAGUGCUGACAGUACUUCUGUGAUCAAAUCCAUUUGGAAGGAUCAUGAAGAUGUCAGGCGAACUUUAUCAAAGCAUGAAGCUGCCAAGAAUGAUCUGAGUGACAAACAAAAAGAUCUGGAUACUUUCACCAAUAAAGGAAAACAUUUGUUAGCAGAAUUGAAAAGAGUGUAUAACUGCAACCCCACUGCGGUAAAAACAGAUAUGAACUGUACAGUGGACAAAUGGCUAGAUGUGUCUGAAAGAAUUGAAGACAACAUGGACCGGCUGAGUGUAAGCUUGUCUCUAUGGGAUGACAUCCUGAAAACUGGAGAUGAAAUGGAUGGAUGGUGCAAUAACUGCAUUUCUCAACUGAAUGAAGGCAUCAGCAACUUGAGUAACAGUCAGAGAAUGGAGGUCCUCCUGAAAGACUUCCAGUCCGAAGUCAAAGAUAAAGAACUGAAGUUGGAGCAACUUAGUUCCAAAAUUUCAGAUCUCAAAGAACUGACCCAAAGACAAGAGCCUCCUGCAGAUCUCCAGUUUAUAGAAUCAGAUUUGAGGCAGAAGUUGGAACAUGCCAAAGAAAUGUCAGAGACAGCAAAAGAGACACUUAAAGAUUUCAAUACUCGGAAGAUGCAGUUACAGAAGUUUAUUGAUCAGAUGACAGACUGGUUAACAAAAGUGGAAGAGACACUGUUAAGCUGUGCACGUAACCUGGAUCCUGAAGCUCUAAAUAAAGUGAAGGAAACACACAAAGAUCUUCAGCUUCAGCAGAGCAGCAUUGACUCGAGCCGUGACAAGCUCAACAGCCUGUGUCGCAAAUAUCAUUCUGUAGAGCUGGAAACUCUUGGUGGCAGUGUCACUUCAUUAAUAAAGAAGUAUGAAGCUGUGAAUCAGCUCUGUUCCAGAACACAGACCAGCAUGCAAGAGUCCUUGGAAAAACAUUUCCUCCAUUCUAUGCAAGAAUUCCAGGAAUGGUUUUCUGGUGUGAAGGCUGUAGUAAAAGAAUCAUCUGACAGGUCUGGAGACAGCAAAGCUAUAGAGGCAAAGCUACAGGACUUGCAGAGCGUGCUGGAUUCUGUUAGUGAGGGACAAAACAAGUUAGAUGCUGCCUGCAAGGAAGGAGGAAGUUUGUGUGCUUGCUUACCCAAACCAGUUGUGAGCCAAAUUCAGGAACAAAUAGCAAAGGCUAACCAGAACUUCCAGGAAUUCCUCAACCAGUGUCUGAAUGAUAAGAAGGCCCUGGAAGCUUGUGCCUCACACCUGGGAAGCUUUGAAGAUCAGCACAAGAAACUUGGCCUGUGGAUACAUGACAUGGAAGAAAGAAUAAGCACAGAAGCAUUAGGGGAGAGCAAACAGCUUAUUCCUGAGAAGAAAAAGGAGGUGCAGAAAGUGGAAAAGUUCCUGGAAGAGUUACUGAAUUCAAGGGAAUCUUUUGAUAAGCUGUCCCAAAUGGCACAGACUUUAAAUGAAGAAGGCCAUGGUGCAGGGAGGGAAGUGCGUCUGGCCUCUCAACAUCUCACCAAUUAUCAAAACAUGGUCAAAACUGUCAAGGAGAAGCUGCGAACAUGUCAGCUUGCACUGCAAGAGCAUCUCACUUUGGAGGAGGCAUUGCAGAAUAUGUGGUCAUGGGUGAAAGAGGUUCAAGAUAAACUGGCGUCAUCAGAGAGCACUGUCGGUAGCAAAGCCACUCUGGAGAGACGACUGACACAAAUUCAGGAGAUCCUCUUACUCAAAGGUGAUGGUGAAGUUAAGCUGAACAUGGCCAUUGGCAAAGCAGAACAAGCACUUAGAACCAGCAAUGAGGAAGGACAAAAGAUGAUACAAACUGAGCUACAGACGCUGAAGGAUGUAUGGAACAACAUCAGCAGCACCUCAGUGAACUGGCAGAGCUGCCUAGAGUCUGUCAUUAGCCAGUGGAAUGAAUAUCUGGAAAGGAAAAACCAGCUGGAGCAGUGGUUAGAGAAAUUGGGUCACAAAGUGGAACAGCCUUUAAAACCACAGAUUGGUCUGAAGGAGAAGUUUGCUCAGCUGGACCACUUCCAGGCUAUUGUUUCUGAGAUAGAGGAUCACGCUGGUGAUUUACAGCAACUCAUUGAAAAAGCUGUGGAACUGCAUGAAAAAACAGAGGAUGAUUCUUUUGGAGAAGCAGCUCAAGAAGAACUAAAAAGACAGGUUAAUGACAUCACAACUGUAGCCAAGGAGAAAAUGAGGAAAGUGGAAGAUAUUGUGAAGGAUCAUUUGCUAUACCUUGAUGCUGUGCAUGAAUUCACAGACUGGCUCCAUUCUGCAAAGGAAGAGCUGCACCGCUGGUCAGAUGCCUCUGGAGAUAUAGCAACCAUACAGAAAAAGCUGGCCAAAAUCAAUGAGCUGGUAGAGUCCCGCCAGGUCGGCGCGGGCCGCCUCGGCCGGGUGGAGACGCUGGCUCCCGCCGCGAAGCGCAGCACGGCUGCCGGCGGGUGCCAGCUCCUGGCCGCCGAGAUGCAGGCGCUGCAGUCGGACUGGAAGCAGUGGGAAGAGAGCGCCUUCCGGAGCCAAAGCAGCCUGCAGGAUGUGCUAAGCCAGAUGGCCCUGUCGGAGCGGGAGUUCGCGGAGCAGGUCGCGCAGCUGGAGGAGGCCGUGCAGCGGUUCGGCGGGCUGCUGGCCGCCUGGUCGCGGAGCCUGGCCCCCCUCGACAGCCGGCACACCGACGCCGAGGUCGUGGAAAGCUGGCGCCAGGAGAAAGAAACAUUGGAUGCUCUGGUAAAGUCUGAACAUAUGACAGAUGAGAUCAAAACUCAGUUAAAUGAUCUGUGUAGAUUUUCCAGAGAUUUGAGUACUCAUUCUGCAAAAGUUUCAGGGUUGAUUAAGGAGUAUAACAGCCUCUGCCUGCAAGCUUCAAAAGGAUGUCAAAGCAAAGAGCACAUCUUGCAGCAAAGAUUUCGGACGGCUUUCAGGGACUUCCAGCAGUGGCUGAUCAAUGCAAAAGUUACCACAGCCAAAUGCUUUGACGUGCCUCAAAAUAUCAGUGAAAUUUCAGCAAGUCUGCAGAAAAUACAGGAAUUCUUAUCGGAAAGUGAGAAUGGGCAACAAAACCUGAACCUGGUAGCAUCCAAAGGAGAACUGCUGUGCUCUGUUUUACCAAAGGAAAAAGCUAAAGUUAUCCGGGACAAAUCUGCUACUGCUAAAGAAGAUUGGAAAAAUUUUAUCACCACCCUCCACCAGAAGGAAUCUGCAUUGGAGAACUUAAAGAUCCAGAUGAAGGACUUUGAAGCAACUGCUGAGCCUCUGCAGGAGUGGCUGACCACAACUGAGAGGAUGGUACAAGGAAGUAGCAGUCGGCUCCAUGAUCUUCCUUCCAAGAGGAGAGAACAGCAAAAGUUGCAGUCUGUCCUUGAGGAAAUAAGCUGCCACGAGCAUCAGCUCAACAGGCUAAAAGAGAAAGCUCAGCAGCUGUGGGAAGAGCAAGCUGUCAGCAAAAGCUUUAUGCGCAGAGUGUCUCAGUUGUCUUCUCAGUAUCUUACUCUAAGCAAUGUGACGAAGGAGAAAGUUUCCAGAAUGGAUAGGGUCGUAGCAGAACACCAGCAGUUCUCGCACAGUGUCAAGGACCUCCAGGACUGGGUAGCUGAUGCAGUUCACAUGCUGGAUUCCUACUGUCAUCCCACUGCAGACAAGAGUGUUCUGGACAGCCGGAUGUUAAAGCUAGAGGAACUGCUAGCAGUGAAACAAGAAAAAGAAAUCCAAAUGAAAAUGGUUCUGACAAGAGGAGAAUCUGUUCUGCAAAAUACUUCUCUGGAGGGAGUACCAGUGAUUGAACGGCAGUUGCAAACCCUGAAGGACAGCUGGGCUUCUCUUCUGUCUGCUUGUAUCCAGUGCAAGAGUCAACUGGAAGGAGCUCUCUCCAAAUGGACAAGUUACCAGGAUGAUGUUCGUCAGUUUUCCAGCUGGAUGGAUAAAUUAGAAGCAAGUAUGAAUGUUUCUGAAAGGCAAUAUGCUGAACUGAGGGAAAAAACAGCUGCCCUCAGCAAAGCAAAGCUACUUAGUGAAGAGGUGUUGAGUCACAGUUGCCUGUUGGAGACAAUUGAAGUGAAAGGAAGUGGGAUGGCUGAGCAUUAUGUCACUCAGCUUGAAUUCCAGGACCUUCAGGAGCGGUAUAAGUUCCUCAAAGACAGAACGAGGGAGGCGGUAACAAAAGCUGAAGGACUGCUUAACUUACAUCAAGAGUACCAAAGAAAUCUGAAGACCUUUGAAGCAUGGCUGGAGAAGGAACAGGAAAAACUUGACUGUUUAUCGCAUCUUGAUGGUGACGCCCAGAAACAGGAGGCAACACUCCGAGACUUACAGGAGCUGCAGGUCCACUGUGCAGAAGGACAAGCAUUAUUCAAUGCUGCUGUCCAUGCCAGAGAGGAGGUGAUUCCCUGGGGCAUUCCCCAGAUAGAAGACCGAGCCCUGGAAUCAUUACGGCGGGAUUGGCAGGUUUAUCAGCACAGGCUUUCUGAAGCAAGAAGCCAAUUAAAUACCACUGUGAGCAGACUAAGGUUAAUGGAGAAAAAAUUUCAGAAGGUUAAUGACUGGCUAGCAGAUCUGGAGGAGAAAGUUACUAUCAGGACUGGGAGACAGUCCGAUAGAGCAACAAAGGAGAUGCAGCUUCAACAAAUGAAGAAGUGGCAUGAAGAAAUUACAAUCUACAAAGAUGAUGUGGAGGAAGUUGGGGUAUUGGCUCAGCAAAUACUAGAGGAAAGUCUUACUGGAAGUAGAAUGGGAAGCCAGGCUACACAGCUUACAUCUCGCUACCAAACUCUUCUUCUUCAUGUCUUGGAGCAAAUAAAGUUUCUGGAAGAAGAAAUACGCUGUAUGGAGGAGUCAGAAUUGGCUUUUAGUGCUUACACAAAUUGGUACGGAGCUACUAACAAGAACUUCAGAAAUGUGAUCACCAAGUUUGACGUGGUUGAUAAAACAGCAAUGGAGAAAAAAGUGCAGAAACUGGAGCUGCUAUUGAGUGAUAUGGAUGUAGGCCACAGUUUACUGAAAUCUGCCCGUGAGAAGGGGGAGCGAGCUAUAAAGUACAUGGAAGAAAAUGAAGUUGACCAGUUAAGAAAAGAAAUUAGAGAUUAUGUGGAGCAGCUUGAAGAGCUGGCUGGCUCCAUCAGGAAAGAACACAUGACUUCGGAGAAGUGCCUUCAGCUGGCAAAGGAGUUCUCAGACAAGUACAAGGCACAGACUCAGUGGGUCACAGAGUACCAAGCCAUCUUACAUGCUCCAGCAGAGCCAAAGAGUGAACUCUAUGAGAAGAAGGCCCAAUUGUCCAAAUACAAGUCCAUACAGCAGACUGUUCUGUCCCAUGAGCCUUCAGUAAAAUCAGUGAUUGAAAAGGGAGAAGCACUUUUUGAUCUGGUGAAUGAUGUGACUCUGAAAAACAACAUUCAAGACCUUCAGAGCAGUUACCAGGAGCUCUGCAGCACAACAAAGGCAUACGUUGAAACCUUAGAGGUGAGAGUAAAAGAACAUGAAGAUUACAAUAGUGAUUUGCAAGAAGGAGAGAAAUGGUUAUUACAUAUGUCCAGCAGGCUGGUCAGCCCUGACCUCAUGGAGAGUAACAAUCUUGAAAUAACCACUCAGCAACUAGCUAACCACAAGGCUAUCAUGGAAGAAAUUGCAGGAUUUGAAGAUCGUCUGAACAACCUUAAGAGUAAAGGCGACUACUUGAUCAAUCAAUGCACAGAACAUCUUCAAGCAAAAUUUAAGCAAAACAUACAAAGCCAUCUUCAGGGGACAAAGGACAGCUAUUCUGCCAUAUGUAGCACAGCCCAAAGAGUGUACCAGAGUUUAGAACGUGAACUCCAGAAGCAUGUUAAUCAUCAGGAUACCCUACAACAGUGCCAGACUUGGCUGUCUACAGUGCAGUCAGAGCUAAAGCCAACUACCUGGCCACCUUUCAGCCUGGCAGAUGCAGUUAAACAGGUGAAACAUUUCCGGGCUCUGCAGGAGCAGGCCAAUACAUACUUGGAUCUUCUGUGCUCCAUGUGUGAUCUGUCAGAUGCCACAGUGAAGAGUACAGCAACAGAUAUUCAACAAACAAAACAAAUGAUUGAGCAACAGAUAAUGCACUCACAGUAUUUGGCUCAAGGUUGGGAAGAGAUCAAACAAAUGAAGGCUGAGCUCUGGAUAUAUUUCCAGGAUGCAGAUCAACAACUACAGAAUUUGAAAAGAAGAGGAGCAGAGCUGGAGCUAAACAUUGCCCAGAAUAUGGUACUCCAGGUUAAGGAAUUCAGUCAGAAGUUGCAGUCUAAGCAGUCAGCUCUUACCUCUGUGACUGAGAAGAUGAACAAACUAACCCAAGGACAGGAGUCACCUGAACACAAGGAAAUAGGAGAGCUGAGCAACCAGUGGCUGGACCUGUGCCUUCAGGCACACAGUUUGCUCAUACAGAGGGAGGAGGAUCUGCAGAGGACGGGCGAUUAUCAUGAUCGCAUGAAUGUAGUUGAAGUUUUCUUAGAAAAGCUCACAAAAGAGUGGGACAACCUAGCUAGGUCUGAUGCUGAAAGUACAAAUGUGCACCUUGAAGCUUUGCAAAAAUUGGCACUGGCACUACAGGAAAGGAGAUUUGCUCUGGAAGAUUUGAAAGAUCAGAAGCAGAAGAUGAUAGAACAUCUGAAUCUUGAUGACAAAGAAUUAGUAAAGGAGCAAUUUGGUCAUUUUGAGCAACGCUGGACUCAGCUGGAGGACCUUGUCAAAAGGAAAAUUCAAGUUUCUGUUUCAACCUUAGAAGAGCUCAGUUUGGUGCAUUCCAAGUUUCAGGAAAUAAUGGAAUGGGCAGAGGAGCAGCAACCUAGUAUCUCACAGGCUCUUAAACAGAGCCCUCCUCCAGAUUUGGCUCAGAGUCUUCUCAUGGAUCAUCUUACCAUUUGCAGUGAGCUCGAAACCAAACAGCUUGUUCUGAAGACGCUUGUGAAGGAUGCUGACAAGGUGAUGACCAACCUAGGGCUCAAUGAAAGGCAGGAGCUGCAGAAAGCACUUUCUGAUGCACAGCACCAUGUAGAUUGUCUCAACGAUCUGGUUGGCCAGAGGAGAAAGCACCUGAAUAAAGCACUGUCUGAAAAGACCCAGUUUCUUAUGGCAGUCUUUCAGGCUACAAACCAAAUUCACCAGCAUGAGAAGAAGGUAACAUUUCCAGAACAUAUUUGUCUGUUGCCAGAAGAUGUGAACAAACAGAUCAGGACUUGUAAGAAUGCCCAGGCUAACCUGAAAACCUAUCAAAAUGAAGUCACAGGGUUGUGGGUUCAAGGAAGGGACUUAAUGAAAGAAGCAACAGAACAAGAAAAGAGUGAAGUGUUAGGUAAACUGCAAGAACUACAGAAUGUGUAUGACACUGUUUUACAAAAGUGUAACCAGAGGUUGUUAGAACUGGAGAAAAAUAGAGUUUCCAGGAAGUAUUUCAAAGAAGACUUGGAUAAAGCUUGCCAUUGGCUAAAACAAGCUGAUAUUGUCACAUUCCCAGAAGUCAAUGUAAUGAAUAGUAACUCUGAACUAUACACACAGUUGGCAAAAUAUCAACAGAUUCUUGAGCAAUCUCCAGAAUAUGAAAAUUUGUUACUUGCACUGCAAAGAGAUGGCCAAGAAAUCCUACCAUCACUUAAUGAAGUGGAUCAUUCUUAUCUGGAUGAAAAACUUAACAUUCUUCCUCAGCAAUUCACUAUUGUCACUGCUCUGGCAAAAGAAAAAUUAUAUAAGGUUCAGGAAGCAAUUUAUGCCAGAAAAGAGUAUGUCUCUUUGAUUGAGUUGACAAAUAAAGCUCUGACUGAGCUAGAAGAUCAGUUUAUUAACAUGGAGAAAGCUCCAGCUGCUGUUUUAGCCAAAGAAGCUGUGUCACUCCAGCAGGCCUACAGAGAUCUCUUAGGUGAAGUGGUGAGCCUUGGUGCAGCAGUAGAUGAACUAAACCAGAAGAAGGAGGCCUUUCGAAGCACUGGCCAGCCGUGGCACCCAGAAGAGAUGUUAAAACUUGUCACACUAUAUCACAAGUUGAAGAGGCAAAUAGAACAGAAAAUCAGCCUCUUGGAAGACACAAUAGAAGCAUGCCAGGAGCAUGAGAAAAUGUGUAUGCAGUUUGAGGCACAACUAGAGGCAGUGAAGAAGGAGCAAAUGAAGGUAAAUGAAGAAACACUCCCAGUAGAAGAAAAGUUGAAAAUAUACCAUUCUCUGGUGGGCAGCUUGCAAGACUCGGAGAGUAUUCUGAAGCGAAUAACUGAACAUCUAGAAGCCCUUUCUUCUCAGCUUGACUCAUCUGCAUAUGAAACAACAAAUCGCCAAGUGCAGUCUUGGCAAGGGAAACUAAAGUCUUUGCAUGCUGCCAUUGGUGACACCGUGAUGGAGUGCGAGAACAGACUUGUGCAAAGCAUAGACUUCCAGACAGAAGUCUGCCGCUCACUCGACUGGUUGAGAUGGGUGAAAACAGAACUUAAUGGAACAUUAAGUUUGGACCUCAAACUGCAAAGCAUCCAAGAAGAAAUCCGAAAGGUUCAGAUACAUCAGGAAGAAGUGCAGUCAAGCCUGAGAAUAAUGAAUGCACUGAGCAAUAAAGAGAAAGAGAGAUAUAUGAAAGCAAAGGAGCUGAUACCUGCUGACCUGGAAAACACUCUUGCUGAGCUGACAGAACUAGACGGUGAAGUUCAAGAAGCUAUACACAUGAGACAGGCUACCUUGAAUAAAUUACAUAGCCUGUGCCAAAGAUACUACCAAGUGAUGCAGAUAGCAAAUGACUGGCUUGAAGAUGCUCAGGAAUGUCUACAUUUAGCAAGAAAUGGUCUUGAUAUUGAGAACUCUGAGGAGAACCUAAGGAACCACAAUGAAUUUUUCAGCACAGAAAGUCAGUUCGGUAAUCAUUUGAAGGAGUUACAGGGCCUUGUGUCUGAGAUAGAGCCCUUUAUCCAAGCCACAGCAAGAGAGCAGCUGAUGCAGAAUGUGGCUGCAUUGGAGGAAAAGGCCAAAGGGACAAAGCAAGAAGCCAAAACCCAGCAAGAGCAGUUGCAAAGGUGUGCUUCUGAGUGGCAGGAGUACCAGACAGCAAGACAGAAUGUUAUUGAAGUGAUGAAUGAGGCUGAGAAAAAAUUAUCUGAAUUCUCAGUUGCUAAAGCCACUUCUUCUUUUGAAGCAGAAGAGAAAUUGCUAACACAUAAGACUCUCGUGUCUGUAGUGAAUUCUUUCCAUGAGAAGAUCACAGCCCUAGAAGAAAAGGCUUCACAGCUGGAAAAAGUUAGCAAUGAUGCUAGUAAGGCAACUAUAAGUAGAUCCAUGACAACAGUUUGGCAGCGCUGGACACGGCUCCGGAACGUAGCCCAAGAACAAGAGAAAAUUUUGGAAGAUGCAGUGCAGGAAUGGAAGGGCUUUAAUGAUAAGAUUCAGACAGCCACCAUAGCAAUAGAUAAGCUACAAGGUCGCCUACCAGAAAGCUCAGUGGAAAAGGCAUCCAAGACAGAGCUCCUGGAACUCCUGGAUUACCACAGCAGUUUCCUUCUGGAGGUGGAGAACCAGCUGUCAUCUUUGGCCCUGCUCAAACAGCAUGCUGUCAGCAUGCUUCAGGGUGUGGAAAUAAAGCCUCCAUCUCAGGAGGAACUACCAGUCAUGCAAGAAAUCAAAGCAAUGCAAGAUCGAUGCCACAAUAUGCAACAGAAAGUGAAGAAAAGUGUGAAGAUGGUGAAACAGGAGCUGAAGGAGCGUGAGGAGGUUGAAGCAGAGAUUAAUAUUGUGAAGUCCUGGAUCCAGGAAACAAAAGAAUAUUUAUUAAGCCCUGAUGUAGAAGUGGAUACUCAACUUCAGGAGUUGCAGUCUCUCCUUGGUGAAGUAACUACUCAUCGCCAGGCUGUUGAAAAAAUGGCGGAACAACAACAGAAUAAGUACUUGGGACUUUAUACCACUUUGCCUUCUGAACUCUCUCUUCAUUUGGCAGAAGUUGGGCUGGCCCUUGUAACUGUACAAGAUCAGAUUCAAACCAAAGAAAGAAAAACUCAGCAGAUCAAAACAUUGAAUCAAGAGUUUGGUCAGAAAAUCCAGGGGAUAGCAAAUGAACUAAAUGCCAUUCUUUCCAAACUGAAAAAGAAAACAAAUGAUAUAGCACAAGCUAAAGUUGAACAAAAGGUCCUUGGUGAAGAGUUGGACAGCUGCAAUAUAAAGCUGUUGGAAUUAGAUGCAUCAGUCCAGGACUUUGCAGAGCAGAACGUACUGCUGGCUAAGCAGCUGGCUAACAGGAUAGGGAAACUCACUGCAUUGCACCAACAGACCAUACAGCAGGCUGAGUACAGAGCAGCCAAGCUCAGUCAGGCUGCUUCACACUUGGAAGAAUACAAUGAGAUGCUGGAGUUCAUAUCGAAAUGGAUUGAGAAAGCAAAUAUCCUAGUGCACGGUAGUAUAACAUGGAAUUCUUCCUCUCAGCUUCGCGAUCAGUUUAAAGCCUACCAGACUAUGCUUGAUGAGUCCGGAGAGAUUCAUGGUGAUCUCGAGGCCAUGAGUGAGAGGAUUGAGUAUAUGGCAAGUGUAUACUGUACUGAAGGCAUGUCACAACAAGUGCUGGAACUGGGGCGGCGGACAGAGGAGUUACAGCAAAUUAUCAAAGUGCGGCUACCAAAUCUCCAAGAUGCUGCCAAGGACAUGAAAAAAUUUGAAGUAGAGCUGAGAGCCCUGCAGGCUGCGCUGGAGCAAGCCCAAGCCACACUGACCUCUCCAGAGCUCGGGCAUUUGAGCCUGAAGCAGCAACUUUCUCACAGACAGCAUCUUUUGUCUGAAAUGGAGUCACUGAAACCAAAGGUUCAUGCAGUACAAGUCUGUCAGAGUGCCCUGAGGAUUCCUGAAGAGGUGGUCACUGGCCUGCCCAUGUGCCACAGUGCCCUCCGGCUCCAGGAGGAGGCCAGCCGCCUGCAGCACACUGCCAUUCAGCAGUGCAACAUCAUGCAGGAAGCAGUGGUUCAGUAUGAGCAAUAUGAACAAGAAAUGAAACAUUUACAGCAAAUGAUAGAGAGCGCCCAUCGUGAGAUCCAAGACAAGCCAAUAGCAACCAGCAAUAUCCAGGAACUCCAGGUCCAGAUUUCAUGUCAUGAGGAGCUGGCUCAGAAGAUCAAAGGAUACCAGGAACAAAUUGCUUCUUUGAAUUCGAAGUGCAAGAUGCUGACAAUGAAAGCAAAACAUGCCACCAUGCUGCUGACAGUGACAGAAGUGGAGGGGCUUUCAGAGGGAAUGGAGGAGCUGGAUUCAGACCUGCUCCCAGCACACCCCACUCAUCCCUCAGUGGUUAUGAUGACUGCUGGUCGCUGUCACACGCUGCUCUCCCCUGUCACUGAGGAGUCUGGGGAGGAGGGAAGCAACAGUGAGAUUUCUUCUCCACCUGCCUGUCGCUCUCCCUCACCUGUGGCUAAUACAGAUGCUUCUGUUAACCAGGACAUUGCUUAUUACCAAGCCUUAUCUGCUGAACAGUUGGCCUUAUCUGCUGAACAGCUGCAAACAGAAGCUGAUAAAAUUCAACCCGUCACUUCAGCCACCCAGGAGUUUUACGAACCAAGCUUGGAAUCAGCUGCUAGUGCCAAAUUGGAUGAUUUGCAGCGUUCCUGGGAAACACUGAAAAAUGUGAUCAGUGAAAAGCAGCGCACCCUCUAUGAAGCUCUUGAGCGUCAGCAGAAAUAUCAGGACACACUCCAGUCUAUAUCCACAAAAAUGGAGACCACUGAGAUCAAACUAAAUGAGAGUCUGGAACCAGCCAAAAGCCCGGAGAGCCAGAUGGCUGAACAUCAGGCUUUGAUGGAUGAGAUUUUAAUGUUACAAGAAGAAAUCACUGAGCUUCAGACAUCAUUAGCCCAAGAGCUGGUGUCAGAACCACUGGAUGCAGAAGCUGCUGAUCAGCUGGCAUUGCAGUCCACUCUCACAGUCUUGGCAGAACGAAUGGCCACAAUUCGAAUGAAGGCAUCAGGAAAACGACAACUAUUAGAGGAAAAACUGAACGAGCAGCUGGAAGAACAGCGGCAAGAGCAAGCUCUUCAAAGGUACCGUUGUGAAGCUGAUGAGCUUGACCACUGGCUACUCAAUACCCGAGCAACGCUGGACACCACUCUGGUUACUGCUGAGGAACCUAUGGACAUGGAAGCACAGCUGGUAGACUGUCAGAAUAUGCUGGUUGAAAUAGAGCAGAAGGUGGUAGCCUUGUCAGAGUUGUCUGUGCACAACGAGAACUUGCUUAUGGAGGGGAAGGCUCACACCAAGGACGAGGCAGAGCAGCUGGCUGUGAAGCUCAGGACGCUGAAGGGCAGCCUUCUGGAGCUGCAGAGAGUGCUACACGACAAACAGAUCAACAUUCGGGGAUCAUUACAAGAAAGGGAAGAGAGUGAUCUGGACUUCGUUUUCUCACAAAGCCCCAGUGUCCAAGAAUGGCUGGCACAAGCAAGAACCACUCGCUCACAGCAGCAGCAGAGCACCCUGCAGCAACAGAAAGAGCUGGAACAAGAGCUAGAAGAGCAGAAGAAUCUGCUUCGGUCAGUAGCAUGCCGUGGAGAAGAAAUCCUGACACAGCAAGGUGCUCCAGAAGGCCUAUGUAUAAGUGAAAAGCCUGAUACACUCUCUGAGGAAUUACGCUUGGAAGGUGAGAAGCCAUCAUCUGAAGAACAGAUGAAGAUGAAAUGGGAAAGCCUGAACCAGGAAUUCAAUACCAAGCAGAGACUGCUCCAGAAAGCUUUGGAACAAGAACAGCUGCAGCUUUAUAGCAGACCAAACAGACUGCUAUCUGGAAUGCCUUUGUAUAAGCAGGAAGGACAGGGUGAAGAUAAAUCCUCAGUGUCACCAGUAUUGGUUGAAUUGAAUCAGGCUUUUGAAGAUGUGUCAUUUGAGGCUGGUCAGAUGGAGGAGAGCCUGCAUCUUGAACAGAAGCUGUAUGAUGGUGUUGCAGCCACUUCCUUGUGGCUAGAUGGUGUGGAAGAACAGGUCUUUGUUGCUACAGCUCUGUUGCCAGAGGAAGAAACAGAAACAUACCUCUGCAAGCAAGAGUCUCUUGCCAAAGAAAUCAAAGACAUAACAGAAGAAAUGGAUAAGAACAAGAAUUUAUUUGCUCAGAUAUUUCCUGAGAAUAGUGAUAAUAGGGAUAUCAUAGAAGACACUUUGGAUUGUCUCCUGAGAAGACUGACCUUGCUGGAGUCAGUAGUAAACCGGAGAUGCCAUCAGAUGAAAGAAAGGCUCCAGCAAAUAGUGACUUUCAAGAAUGAUCUGAAGCUCCUGUUUACAUCGAUGGCUGAUAACAAAUAUUUAGUUCUACAGAAACUAGCAGGGGCAGUUGAGAGACCAGAAACAGAACAAAUGCAGGUCAUACUGCAGGCAGAAGAAGGUUUGAAGGAACUAGAUACUGGAAUCAAUGAACUAAAGAAGCGUGUAGACAAGUUACAGAUUGACCAACAUUCUGUGCAAGAGCUGUCUAAGAUCCAGGAUAUGUAUGAUGAGCUGAUGAUGAUCAUUGGGUCCAGACGGAGUGACCUAAAUCAGAAUCUGGCUCUCAAGAGGCAGUAUGAACGGGCUUUGCAGGACCUGGCUGACCUGUUAGAAACAGGCCAAGAAAAGAUGGCUGGUGACCAGAAAAUUAUUGUUGCUUCUAAGGAAGAGGUUCAAUCACUACUUGACAAACAUAAGGAAUAUUUUCAGGGGUUAGAGUCUCACAUGAUCCUGACGGAAACGCUCUUUAGAAAGAUGAGUAGCUUUGCACUCUUGAAGGAAACUCGGUCACAUUCAGAGCUAAUGACACAAGCUUCAGCGAUAUUAAAGCUGGCUCAUAAACGAGGUGUGGAGCUGGAAUACAUUCUAGAGACCUGGAUGCUUCUGGAUGAAGAUUACCAGGAACUUACCAGACAGCUGGAGUCUGUUGAAGGUAGCAUCCCCACUGUUGGUUUGGUGGAAGAGACGGAGGACAGGCUUACAGACCGGAUUACGCUUUUUCAGAGGGAGAGUCCUGUGGGAGAUGGUGUCAAAGGUCGUACUGAAGUCCGUAUCAUCCACAGAGACAGUAAUUUUGUCAUAAAAGGUUGUCAAAUUAGUGAAUCCAAGCUUAAUAUUCCUGAUUACUUUUUGGUCCUUUUCAUCCUUGAAAAUGGAUUCCAAGGGGAUGUGCUCCAUGAUCUUUCCAGAGAGCAAGGGAUUUGGAUGGCGGGGGUGAUCUUCCCUGUUGUAGCCAUGGAUAGCAGAAGAGUAGAUCAAUAUCAGAAAGAAUCAAGUGAACUGACGCAUUGGUUACAAUCUGCAAAGGAGCGACUUGAGUUUUGGAGCCAGCAGUCUUUGACAGUUCCUCAGGAACUGGAAACAGUCCGAGACCACCUGAACUCCUUUUUGGAGUUUUCAAAAGAAGUGGAUGCUAAAUCAUCACAGAAAUCUUCUGUGCUGAGUACUGGGAACCAGCUCCUCAGGCUAAAAAAGGUGGAUACAGCAGCAUUGCGUGCGGGCUUGUCCCACAUUGACAGUCAAUGGACAGAGCUGCUCACACAAAUCCCAGCAGUACAAGAGAAAUUGCACCAGCUCCAAAUGGACAAAAUUCCUUCUCGCCAUGCUAUCACUGAAGUUAUGAGCUGGAUUUCCCUGAUGGAAAAUGUCAUUCAGCAGGACGAAGAGAAUAUAAAAAAUGUUGUAGGACAAAAAGUCAUUCAGGAUUACAUCCAGAAGUACAAGGGUUUCAAGAUAGAUUUAAAUUGCAAACAAUUGACGGUAGACUUUGUGAACCAAUCAGUGCUACAAAUUAGCAGCCAGGAUGUUGAAAGUAAACGUAGCGACAAAACUGAUUUUGCAGAACAGCUCGGAGCAAUGAACAGACGUUGGCAGAUCCUGCAAGGCCUGAUAACAGAAAAGAUCCAGCUGUUGGAAAGUCUGCUGGAAUCCUGGACAGAAUAUGAAAAUAAUGUACAGUGCCUAAAAACUUGGUUUGAAACCCAAGAGAAGAAGCUGAAACAGCAACAGAAAAUUGGAGACCAGGCUUCAGUACAGAAUGCUUUGAAAGACUGUCAGGAAUUAGAAGAAUCAAUAAGAACAAAGGAAAAAGAAGUCGAAAAUAUAGAACAGACUGGUCUUUCUUUGAUACAGAAUAAGAAGGAAGAAGUCUCUUCUGCUGUUAUGAAUACGCUGCAAGAGAUUAACCAUUCCUGGGCCAAUUUGGAUCACAUGGUUAGCCAACUGAAGAUAUUGUUGCAAUCUGUUCUUGAUCAGUGGAGUGUUUACAAAGUGGCUUAUGAAGAACUGAAUAGUUACCUGACAGAAGCCAGAUAUUCUUUGUCCCGUUUUUAUCUUCUUACUGGUUCUUUGGAAGCUGUGAAAGUCCAAGUUGAUAACCUUCAGAGCCUACAAGAUGAAUUGGAAAAGCAAGAAAACAGCUUACAGAAAUUUGGUUCUGUGACCAAUGAAUUGUUGAAAGAAUGUCACCCACCAGUGACUGAAACACUUACCAACACUUUGAAAGAAGUGAAUAUGAGGUGGAACAACCUCCUGCAGGAGAUUGCAGAGCGGCUGCACGCCAGUAAGGGCCUCCUUCAGCUGUGGCAGAGGUACAAGGACUGUUACCAGCAGUGCUCUUCUACAGUCCAUCAGCGGGAAGACCAGACCAAUGAACUCCUGAAGACUGCCACCAGCAAAGACAUUGCCGAUGAUGAAGUUACUACUUGGAUUCAGGACUGCAAUUCAGGGGAGGAUGACAUCAGCAGAGUGCCAGGAUUCAUGUCUUUGUUCAAUGUGUUGCCACAGGAUGUGCUCACAGAUUUGAAGGCAGCACAGGAGUCACUGGUUGUUCUUCAAGAACUGGGAGAGGAGCUAAAAAGCCAGGUGGAGGCUUCAGCAGCAGCAGCUAUACAGUCUGAUCAGCUUUCGCUGAACCAGAAUCUGUCAACCCUAGAACAGGCUCUCCACAAGCAGCAGGCUGUAUUUCAGGCUGGAGUGCUGGACUAUCAAACCUUCACCAAGAACCUGCAAGUCCUUGAGGCCUGGAUAACAGAAGCAGAAGAAAUAUUGAAAGGACAGGAUCCCAGUCAUUCAUCUGAUCUCUCAGCAAUACAGAGCAGGAUGGAGGAACUCAAGAGUCAGAUGUUGAAGUUCAGCAGCAUGGCCCCAGAUUUGGACCGUCUUAAUGAGCUGGGUUACAGGCUUCCUCUGAAUGAUAAAGAAAUCAAAAGGAUGCAGAACCUGAACAGACACUGGUCUCUGAUCUCAUCUCAGACUAUGGAGAGAUUCAGUAAGCUGCAGUCUUUCUUGCUGCAGCAGCAGACCUUCUUGGAGAAAUGUGAGACUUGGAUGGAUUUAUUAGUUCAGACUGAGCAGAAGCUGGCAGCAGAGAUUUCGGGAAACUACCAGAGCCUUUUAGAGCAACAGAGGGCACACGAGCUAUUCCAGGCAGAGAUGUUCAGCCGCCAGCAGAUUUUGCAUUCAAUUAUCUCUGAUGGGCAGCACCUCCUAGAACAAGGACAGGUGGAUGACAGGGAUGAAUUUAAUCUGAAGCUGACUCUUCUAAGUAAUCAAUGGCAAGGAGUAAUUCGCCGGGCACAGCAGAGGAGGGGGAUCAUUGACAGCCAGAUUCACCAGUGGCAGCGCUAUAGGGAGAUGGCAGAGAAGCUGCGGAAGUGGCUGGUGGAAAUAUCCUGUCAGCCAGUGAGUGGGCUGGGCAACGUUCCUAUCCCAUUGCAGCAAGCCAGAGCGCUGCUAGAUGAAGUGCAGCUUAAAGAGAAAGUUCUCCUAAGGCAGCAAGGGAGUUAUAUCCUCACUGUGGAAGCUGGGAAGCAACUUCUGCUCUCUGCUGACAGUGGAGCUGAAACAGCCCUGCAGACAGAGCUUACUGAAAUUCAGGAGCGCUGGAAGAUAGCUAGCACCCAACUGGAGCAACAAAAGAAACAGCUUGCUUUACUACUGAAGGACUGGGAAAAAUCUGAAAAGGGCAUAGGAGACUCCCUGGAGAAGCUCAGAUCGUUCAAAAAAAAGCUUUCUCAGCCUUUGCCAGAACACCAUGAUGAGUUGCAUGCAGAGCAGAUUCGUUGCAAGGAAUUAGAGAAUACUGUUGAAGGAUGGACAGAUGACCUUGCACACCUCUCUCUGCUGAAGGAGACCCUGUCUAUAUAUAUCAGCGCAGAUGAUAUCUCAAUCCUCAGUGAGCGCAUAGAGCUUCUGCACAGGCAGUGGGAGCAGCUGUGCCACCAGGCAAGUAUAGUACUGAGCACUGAUAUGAGUGUGCAGGUUACAAAAGUGUCGGGAGAAAAAUCGAAUGCAAGUGACAGCUUUUAG